AUGUCCUCAUGGUUGGAAAAGUCUGUAUGGGGUGACUCUUUUCAGAGCUCUUUCAAGAACGGCGAGAAAAAUUGCGCGUUGCAUGCGUUUCAUCCUGGCUCACGCCUGCAUUACUUUGAAUUGCUUCGUCGUCAUCGGUAUGAGGACUUUGAGUGGGAGAGUCGAUGCCCCGAGUCCCACUUGGACUUUGCUUGGCUCAAUAACGGCUUUCUUUCACAUGAAUUGAACCCAGAAGAGGAAGCCGACCCUACCUGGUAUCUGGACCAAGAUAAUGCCAUUCUUACGAAGUUUAUGAACAGGAAUAAUGUCUAA